AUGUCCGACGAAGCCAAAAGGUUCAUCAGCGAGGUCUGGGGACUGCAGGGUACGGCGUACCUUGUGGUCGGACUGCGAUACUACAACCGGGCCUCCACGCUGGGAUGGCGACAAUUUGCUUGGGACGAUGCCCUAAUGGCCAUAGCAAUUCUUGUUUACACGGCCGAGUCGGUUGCAGCAUACUAUGUCGUAGCAUACUGGAAAGGAUUAGCCAACAAUGGUCUGACGGAUGAACAACGGGCUGCUGUUGUCCCCGGGUCAGAAGAGUGGCUGUUGCGAGUCAACGGAUCGAAGACGCAUGUCAUCGGCCUCCUCCUCUACACAACACUGUUGUGGCUAUUGAAGGGUUGCUGGGUUUCGUACUAUGCGCGCUUAACAGAGGGUGUUAGACAUAUGGAUCGUCUCAUCUUCUGGGCUAUGAUCAUUAUGCCAGCUACCUACAUUUCUUGUCUCCUGGUUGCUUUCUUCAAAUGCAUUCCUUUCGACCACCAAUGGCAAAUCUAUCCCUCUCCAGGAAACCAUUGCAUGCCUGCGGUCUCUUUCAUUCAGACGAUAUUUGUCAUGGCUAUGAACACCAUUACGGACUUCUAUCUGAUGGCCAUCCCACUCCCUAUGGUUUGGAAGUCACGUCUUCCAUGGCGGAAGAAGGUUACUCUUAUGGUCAUGUUUAGCGGAGGAUUCCUCGAGAUGACUUUCGGUAUUUUGCGUUGCGUGUCUAUCCUAACAGUUGGUGACACUGACCCAGCACAAUCCGGAUACUGGUCCGUCCGAGAAUCCUUCGUUUCAGUAGUGCUUACGAACAUGCCCAUGGUCUACCCCCUAUUCAAAACAUACAUUGACAAAAGCAUCGCAAGCACCAACAAAAAUAGCAACCUGGGAGAUAGCAACGGCUACCGUCUUGGAAGCUACCCAGGCAAAAAGGGGCCCAAGAGCGGAAGCCAUCCACUAUCAAUCCCAAACGAGACCGCCUGGGGUUCAGAUGAACAUAUCGUCUCCGACAAGGCCGUAAAGUCAAUUGGCGAGGAAGAAGCUUCCAUCGGCUCUUCAGACAAACAGAACCACAACCCUUCUUUGUUGACAAAUACAAAUACUGCUCAAAUAGAGUCGGAGACCAAUCACAUCAAGCGUAAUUCGACGACGACAAAAAGACAUGACGUCGGACAUAACCACAUUACCGUCACCAAGGAGUACACAAUCUCGAGUGUUAUCCCCAACGAUGGAAAAUGA